CGCGUUCGGCAAUGUUGGAUUAGUCUUCGAGAGUUGAUCGUAGUAGACGCACCUGCGCGCGGAUCGUGCAUCGUAGAACACACAGUGCAAUUGUAAAUCAUCAGAAAAAGUUCAAACACAAAAGUGCCCAACGAAAGAUAAAAUAAAGCGAGAAAAUAAAAACUAAAUAAACUAAAACUUGUUCCAAAAAAGAUCUGAAAAUACCUGGAAUAUACUGGCCAAGCCGAGCUUGAAAGAGCCUCAGGCGCUCUUCGCACAGCCAUCAAAAUUGUUUACAGCUGAAGGUCUGAUGGCAUGUGAGUAGGCGCUUGCGCUGAACAUGCCCACGGAUAACACGGCCAGCGAGGGCGGAGGCGCCAUACCCAUGCUGCGCGCCUCACGCAUGGAUCAGUUCAUGUCGACGGUGGCCGCUGUGGCUGCUGCGGCAAACGGCGGCGGCAAUGGGGGCGGCGGUGCCGGCGGUGCGGAUGGCUCGGCCAGCGGCGGCGAUUCGCGCAACUCCUCGGCCAGCAGGAUCUCGGCAGCGGCUGCUGCCUACGAAACACAGCUGGCCUACCAGCAACAUCUGGCCUCGUCGGGUCUGCACGGCGGACCGCCGCAUCAUCGCGAGAUAUCGGCCUUUGUGCCGGUGCUGCCGACGCGGCAGUCGCUGGAGGCGAAGGCGCGAGCUGGCAGCAAUUCCAACUACGAGAUCAUCGCCAUGAUGGCGGACAAGCGCAAGGAGCUGGCGCUGCGCGAAGCUGCCGCCGCCGCUGCCAUGCUGGGACGGGGCGGGCCGCCGGGCGUACCGCCGCCAGGUGUGCCGCCACCGGGUGUGCUGUACGGGCCACCGCCACCACCGCCAUAUCUGACCGGACCGGGGCCAUCGCCAACGGGCGCCGGCAGCUUUCCCUUUCCGCCCGGAGCGGCAACGGCUGCGGCGCUGUUUCCGCCCGGCCUGGGACCGGGCAUGCACGCCGGCCUGGACAGGCGGCUGCUGCGCGCACCUGGACGCGCCUCACGGCCCAAGAAGCAAUUCAUCUGCAAGUUCUGCAAUCGCCAGUUCACCAAGUCCUACAAUCUGCUCAUUCACGAGCGCACGCACACGGACGAGCGACCCUAUUCCUGUGAUAUUUGCGGCAAGGCUUUCAGGCGACAGGAUCACCUAAGGGAUCACAGGUACAUACACUCGAAGGAGAAGCCAUUCAAGUGCACCGAGUGCGGCAAGGGCUUCUGCCAGUCGCGCACCCUCGCCGUGCACAAGAUCCUGCACAUGGAGGAGUCGCCCCACAAGUGCCCCGUGUGCAGUCGCAGCUUUAAUCAGCGCUCGAAUUUGAAGACCCAUCUGCUCACCCACACCGAUCACAAGCCGUACGAGUGCUCCUCCUGCGGCAAGGUAUUCCGUCGCAACUGCGAUCUGAGGCGUCAUGCCCUGACCCACGCUGUGGGCGAGGUGAAUAGCGCUGACUAUGUGGACGUGGGCGAGGAGGAUGAGGCCAGGCAGCUCAGCGGCGAUGAGGAGGACUCCCUGCUGGAGGUCGACUCGCCACGCCAGUCGCCUGUGCACACGCUCAGCGAGAAGUCCGAGAAGGACGAGGCGGAGCGCAUGCGGCUCAAGCGCAAGGCCACCAACAGCAGCAGCGCCAGCUACGAGCACGAGGACAGCGAGGAGGAAUUCGAUGACUUUGACGAGGAGGAGGAGCUGCAUGAAGCUGGCGCUUUGGACCUGGCCGAGGACGAGGAACUGGAAACGGAGACCGAGGAGGAGAAGGCCGAGGUGGCGCUUGUCGCACGCUUCAAGGCGGGCCAAGCAGCCGCUGCGGCUGGCAGCAGUGGCAAGCCGGAGCGCCAAGGCGUCACCCACUGUCACCACGAGGGCGGCGAGACCUACACCAUGCGGCCGCACGGCGAGCGGCAGAGCGAGGAGCCGCCACAUGCAGCGGCAGCAGCACCACCACCGCCGGCUGCCACCUUUAUGCCCAGCCUACGCUAUGCACCACCGCCUGCGGGCCCAGCUCCAGCUGCACCACAUCACGGUCACUUGCUGCCGCCGGUCAAUGGGGACCCCUACUUGCCCAUGUUGCACGUGCGCCGCGAUCUGCACCACAAGACGCUGAACCUCAGCAAGACGACGCCCGCGUCCGCCACACCACCCAGCAUAGUGACCAGCGGCAGCUCGGCGGAGCCGGCUCGGCCGCCGUCGCAGCCGCUGCACUCGCCGCACGAGGCGAUGCCCAGCUUCCUGGGCUCUAUACCGGUGCGCAAACGCAUUUUGCCGCCGCCAGCGCCGCUGGUGGAUCUGGUGGAGCAUCAGCGCUCGUAUCUGGAGAGUUAUGCCAUCAACAUGUCGCGGCAUCCGCCCAGACAGCUGCUCUGCAAGCCGAGUGCAACGGAAGCGUGUGCAGCGCCCGAGAAGGAGGCGGUGCCGGCUGCCCCAGCUGCACCACCGCCUGCGUCGCAGCCAGCACCACCGGCAGCAAGUGCACCGCCAGUUGUGGCGCCACCACCGGCACCACCCAGACGCACGGGCUUCAGCAUUGAGGACAUCAUGAGACGCUGAGCGAAAGCAUUUCAGUUUUUAGUACAUUAAGCAGGAAUGGAGGCCUGCUCUAACGCGGGCAGAGCGCUAUUUAGCCAUAAGUGCACUUUUAGUACAUUUUAGUACAAUGCCUGAAGACAAGGCAAUAAGAAAAUACUUUAAUUAAAACAUACAUCGUUUUUAGUACACAAUAUAUUAUUUAGAACAUAAGUGUAAGAUGUGCCACAAACUGUUGUUGCAUUUGAAGCAUUGUGCUUUUAGUACACCUUAGUACACACAUUCCAUAUAGAUCAGCUGCUAUUUUAAUGUUCUAGUACAUUUAGUACACUAACAGUUAGGUUAGUCUAGUGCGUACUCUUAGUACAUGAUCUAAAUUCGACCUAGUUAUACAUAUAUAAUUGAUACGAGAGAGUCUACUUGAUAGUUUAGAUCCAACUAGUAUAGAUCCAACACUAAGUGUUGUUUUUGUUUCUCCUUAUUUUUAGCCAGAACUAGUUUUAUAAAAAAAAACUUUUUUAAUUUAUAUUUAAUUUGUAAGAUAAUCUUGAAUGCAAAAUCAUUUCAAGAUCUACGCUGAGGGAAAUAAAGGUUGAAAGUAAAAGUAAAGCUUGGACAUAUAAGAAACAAAAACGAAACAAAAAUA